UACCAGCGGCCAUCCUCCAAAGAGACAAAAUGGCAAAGAUGACUUGCAAAAGUUGUCAACUUCUGGAGGGAACCGGUGCCAGAAAUUUUAUAGCCUCGAUAGACACUUUUAUCUUUGAUUGUGAUGGGGUCCUUUGGAAUGAAGCUGGCCCCCUAGAUGGAGUGGUGGAAGUUUUGCAUGAGCUUCGAAGAUUGGGUAAAAGGGUUUUUUUUGCUACUAAUAAUAGCUCCAAGUCAAGAAUGGCAUAUCUCAAGAAAUUUGAGAAAUUUGGAAUUGUAGCUUAUGAGGAAGAAAUCUAUGGAACAGCAUAUGCUGUUGCAUAUUAUUUAAAGGAGAUUCUGAAGUUUGAAAAAAAAGUUUUUACAAUUGGCACAACAGGGAUGGUGGAGGAACUUGAUGCCAUGAAUAUUCAACAUACUGGUUCUGGUCCUGAUCAGUCAACUGGUGGCUAUAAUCUACAAGAGUGGGCUUCAUUUGAGUUGGACCCUGAGGUUGGAGCUGUUAUCUGUGGAUUUGAUGAGCACUUCAGUUUCCACAAGCUCAUCAAAGCAGCCAGUUACCUUGCCAAAGAUUCCUGUUUGUUCAUUGCCACAAAUCUAGAUGACAGGUUUCCAUUCAACCAGAAUGGUGUGGUUAUUCCAGGGACAGGUUGCUUGGUGAUUUCUGUGGAAGCAGCAGCUAGAAGGAAAGCUAAAGUGAUAGGGAAACCAGAGAGAGUCAUGUUUGAGUGUAUUCAAUCACGGCAUGCUAUUGACCCUUCAAAGACUUGUAUGAUAGGAGACAGGGUCAAACAGGCAAUUCACACAAGACUUCACCAUAACAACAUCAACAGGGAUAGUGAAAUAGAAAUUCCAGAAGCGUGGAUGCCCACGAUCAAAAAGCACAACAACAGGAGAGCCAUGCAACAGGGAACCACCGAGGGAGCAAAUCACAGAUCAGCAAGGAUUGAAAUGCACCAAUCAGAGCUGUAGAAAAACAACUAAUCACAGCAUAGCAUCAUGCUUUAUAAGAUCACGCAUGACCAGUUGACCUCAUCGCCUGAAGACUAGCAGUAUGCAGUCAAAACGUCACAAUCUACAUCACACAUGACUACAUUGUGAGACAAAUGAAAAACUUAGCUUUUAUAACCUAGGAAACAUAUGAACCAUAACUAAUUGAUACCUCCACAAGUUGUAGCUGCAAAGCCAACCUGGACAUUUUCUCUAUCAAAGACAACAUAAAAUCCCUCCAUGAUUACUGCACCUAUCACUGUUCCUGAAAUGACAUAAGUAAACAAGCAAACAAACAAUGUGUAACAACAACUGAUUGAUGAACAUAGUUAUAAAUAACCAAAAUGAUAAAGAAAACUACCUAAAACUGUUAUUUACCUUUGUCAGCUUUAGUUAUAGCAAACUUAUAACAGUGUUGUCCAGGAAGAGGACCACGUUCGAUUGUCUCUCUUAGAUAAAGCUGUAAAAAAAACAGUUUAGUAGGUAAGUGUUGUAAAAUGUAAGAAAGAUCAUCAUCACUUAUGAUAACAUAAAAAGUCAAAAACUAUACCACUGAAAAAAAGGAGACCUGUGGUUUAGGAGCUGGCUCUGAUUACCAGG